GCGUCGGCCACUUCCAUAUUUCGAAAAGUAACAUGGAGCUGUCCAACGUGGAGAGUGCGCUGCGCAGUUUGCUUCGCCGCGAAAACCUUCCGGCGUCCAUCAUCGAGGCGGCUGAAACUCUCAUGCAGAAACCUAGCUCGGAUGUGUUUGUAUCGAUGAUUCCUCGCUUCCUCGGAACGCUGGAUCCUCCGAGAUGGGAUGUGCUGGCUGUAGGAUUCCUUAUCGCGAGUGCCCAUGCCUUGACGUUGGAUGCUCACUCCGACACGUGGGAACUCGUGGUGGAUCGAUGCCAUGCCAAUCUGGAGCACUUGGAACCCCGUGUCCGUCGACUCGUGGGCAAAGCUCUCGGUGCGCUUAGUGCAGUUCGCGGUGCCGGAGUGUAUGAUGCAUUCCGCGAAGAAUUGAUGGACAUCAUCGAAUGCAACAUUACGCGCUCGCCCGAAUUCGAGGAAGUCAACGAGGAAGAGUAUUUCUCGUACUUCGACACGUCCAUCCCACUCGCGUCGCCCUUGUCCACGCCCACGUCGCCACACCGCCUGGACGACAUUUCCGGGUUCAAGAGCCUCGAAACGACACUGCUUACGUUUAAGUCGUUGGUCCAAGGCCUCGGUCCUGCGUUUUUAGCGGCGCUCGAAGCCGACGACUUUGCUUUCUUCCAUUCGAUCGUCGUUCGCAGCGUCAAGCACGGCAACCGACACGUACGCAACGUCGGGUUUGAAACGCUCCAUGUCCUUCACAAGUCUGUGCUUCCGCCGCGAUACAUCAUGGCCCAUCCAUCGCUCGGCCAUGCGAUCGCCGAUUGCUUGGUCCGCGGCCUCCAGGAUCCAUGGAGCGAAGUGCGCCUCACGGCAUCCCAAGCCACACGUUCGUUUCUCCUGCUCUGUGACGUCCACGACGAACGCCCGCUCUUCUACGCCAAACUCGUACCGCGCAUGUGUUUGAAUCGGCAUUAUGUUGCCGACGGCGUCAAAGCGUACUCGCGCGACACGUGGGCCAAGGUCAUGGGCGAGACUGGUCGCCAUGUUGUCGCGCAAUUCACCGCCGAAUGCGUGCAAUGCUACGUGGACGCCACGGACGCCGACAACCCGUUUGUCCGUGAAGCGGCAUGCAUUUGCAUUGGCGAGCUCGUUGCCCGAGUCGACGCCGCGGCGGUUCAACCGCAUGUGCUCGACUUGCUUCGCGCCGCGCGGAUAUGCCUGCAGGACGAUGUGUUUACAGUCAGCGACGCCGCGUGUGCCGCGUCCUCCCAAGUUGUUUUGGCAUUUCCGACAGAAUGCCGUGCUUCGUUGCCGGCCUUGUUGAAGUGGUGGACCGUGCACUUGUCGGACGACGUGUGGAGCGUGCGCGAAGAUGCCGCGGUGGCGCUAGGAAGUGUCUUGCGCGCGUACCCAACAGACGAAGCGCUGCGCAAACAAAUUGUCGAGUUGGCUGCCACGUUUCUCGGCAAAGCCAAGGACCAACCUGCGAUGAGCCAAGCUGCGUACGACGCGCUAGUCAAGUCGGAGGUCGCACACAGCACCAAGCAGCGGUUCUCGUGCUGCUCGUUUGAACCGCGCCAGCUGAAACGGGCGACGGAUCAUGAUUUAUGCCACGAUCAUGACCCCGCUGCUGGCCAUGCUUUGUGGUCCCACACCGAUGGCGCGAUCUAUUUGGUUCGGGAGAUGUGUGCGACUAAAGAGGCCCAAGCCGACGCGAUUGCACUCUUCCCCGCCCUCGUGGACGCGUCGAUUUUGCGCCAUUUCCCCCAAACUUCCAUCUUGCAGGAAACGUUGUGGAAGCAAUUGCCAGUCAUCGGAGCGUCGCUGGGCAAGCAAGUGUUCAAGCGACAUAUUGAACUGUUCUUCGAUCCGUUGGCAUUGACGCUGCAGGGUACACCGUCGGUACCUGCAUGACCAUCCCCAGUCAUGUUGUCGUGUAGGAACACAUCGGUUGGCCAAGUUUGCCGCCGUCGAAUGCACCAAGCAGCUGAGUCAGUUGAUCGGUCCGAGCAUCUUCCGAGGCCGUUUGGACGCCAACAGCAUGUGGUUGGCAGUGAUCGCUCCGCACUUGGAUCCACAGCCCUAAGCAACAUGAUUAGCGCCGCUCCAUCGAGCUAGACACGUCGCCGCCAUCCUUUCGUCGUCAUAAAGGCGCAACUUCUUGAGGCCGUGUGAGAAAGCGGGGAAAAUUUCGAAUGAAUUGCGCGCGUAAAUUUUAAAUCAGACUUUGGUGCGAUUUGAUUGGCUGGUUUUAAUAACCAGA